CCAUAUAAAGAGCAUCUUCUGUCUGGAUGUCAAGAUAACAGCUGCUGUGGUGUUGCUGGUGAAGACUCAGGAUUUACAGGAAUAAUGAGUGCAUCCAAACCCCAGGAAAGCGGUGAGGUGCGAAUCGAACCCUCUCUGAAUAAGAAUGAAGCAGAGUUUAUAGACGGAAGGAGAACAUCUGUUCUACAAAGCCUGAAGAAGCUUCAGAUAAAGUGCCGUCAGAAUGAGGUGCCAAACAUUGCCUUACUGGGUUCUGGAGGAGGACAAAGAGCCAUGGUGGGUUUGCUGGGAUCCCUGGUUCAGCUCCAGAAAACAGGUCUUCUGGACUCCAUCCUUUAUUUGAGCGGAGUCUCUGGAUCCACCUGGUGUAUGGCCUCCUUAUAUCAGGAACCAGACUGGUCCACCAAACUAGAGACUGUGAAAGACAAGAUCAUCAAGAGACUCAGCGGUCCUGGAGUCAGUUGGAAAGAAGCACUUGCCAAACUGAAGAAAUAUUAUGGAAAAGACCACUUCAGUCUGACUGACAUCUGGGCAGUGAUGGUCGUCACGACAAUUGUGAAAGAGAUCGACGAACACACACUCACAGAGCAGUGGAGCCAGCAGAGUAAAGACGGUAAAGUCCCGUUUCCCAUCUACACCGUGAUCGACAAGAAGUGCAAACAACGCAAUAUCGGAGACCCCUGGUUUGAGAUCACUCCUCAUGAAGCAGGUUAUUCUCUCACUGGAGCGUUUGUGGACGCCUCCAACUUUGGCAGCAAGUUUCACAAAGGCUCCAAGAAAAAUCAGCAGGAUGAAUUUGACAUGCUGUACCUGCAAGCUCUAUGCGGAAGCGCUUUAGCUGAUGAAGUGGAGAUUGAGAAACUUCUCUGGCGAAAGAUAAAAGAAGCGCUACUGCACCCUAUAUCAGAGCGCAGACAACAAGAUCCAAACGCUCCAGCUACAGAAGGGUGUUACCAGGUGCUCAUGAACCUUGUGGACAUGAAUCUUUCUGUUUUGACUGGCAAAGAUCCUUCUGCUCUUGAUGAAUCCAUCAGGACAACACUGAACGACCUCUCUGGAGGCAAACGUCGUGUGGAAAGACUGAGAAUUGCUGAUAAAAAAGCAGAAAAAACGAAUAUGAAGAGUUACACCAUGGAUGUAAACAACAGUUUGAGUGCGUUGUAUCUUCAGUGGCCGGUGGGCUUGAAUGCUUGGAUGAGCAUUAUUAAUUGCAUGAAUCUGUGGGUCUGGGGCAGGAAUUAUAACUUCCUCCACAACAUGACAGGUGAAGCAGUGCCCUCCACUCUUCAGGAAACUGAGACGAGAGACUAUGAAGAUACCGGGCUGUUGCUCAACUCACCCUACUUAUCAGUGCUGAGAAAAGAGAGAGACAUCAACCUCAUCAUUUCACUGGAUUUCAGUGAGGGUGAUCCCUUCAUGACGGUGAAGGAAGCUGCCAAGACGUGCAAGAAACUAAACAUCCCUUUCCCUGAGGUCAACAUUCCCAGUGAGGACUUACAGAAACCGAAGGACUUCUAUGUGUUCAAAGGCAAAAACACUCCCACCGUGAUCCACAUCCCUCUCUUUAAUGUGGUCAACUGUGGAGGCAAGUUAAAAUCUUACAAUGUCAUGAAUAAAACUGAAAUAUUAACUGUGUUCUGAUUUAAGUGUGUUAAUGUUUCUUCAGAUAAAAUUGAGGCCUGGAGGAAAAAAUAUAAGACCUUUCAAGGUCCUUACAGUGCUGAGAUGAUCACUGAUCUCAUGGAGGUCGCUGGAAAAAACAUCACAAACAACAGACGAAAACUGCUGGAGCAGAUCCGUGCGGCCGUUGGGCAA